AUGCAGCCCGACCCUCUGCACAGCGCCACCCCGACCAGCUCCACCUCCUCCGCCGCUACCUCCUCCACCGCCGCCACCUCCUCCACCGCCGCCACCUCCGCCACCUCCGCUCCCACUGCCACCGCCGCCGCCGCCUCCGCCUCCACUGCCGCCACUGACACCCCCACCCCCGCCACCACCCCCACCGCCACCCCCACCCCCUCCACCGCCUCCACCGCCGCCUCCACCGCCCCCGCUAGCUCCUCCAACGCCCCUGCCCCCCUUGCCCUUGCCAGCCCGGGGGCGGCUGUUGCUGCUGAUCGGGCGGCGGCAGCUACUGCAGGCCCGGGGGUGGCAGCCGAUGCAGGUCCGGCAGCAGCGGCUGGUGCUGCCUGGGUGGCGGCUGCUGCAGGUCGGGCGGCGGCAGGUGCUGCAGGUGCGGCAGUGGCAGCUGCUGCAGGCUCGGUGGCGGCAGCUGCUGCAGAGCCAGCGACGGCACCCGCUGCAGGUGAGGGGGAGGGCCGCAACAGAGGCGGCAGGGGUGGCAAGGGGCCGUGA